CCAUGACCUCUCACUUAGCAGCAGAGCAGUUUAUUCUAAACAAGUGGAACCACAAAGAUGAUCAGACUCUUUGGUCUUCUCAUUUUCAUUAACACUGCACUGGCUGUGGAUGUUGUUCAGCCCAGUCUCCUGAUGAGGGUUCAGCUUGGAGACAGUGUGACCCUGACAUGCUUCUGUCCAGAAGAAACAACUUUUGUUGCUUGGUUGAAGCAAGCUGUAGGUCAGAAGCCCCAGCUCAUGGCGAAGGCAGUUAACUUUUUGCCUGGUGAAUUUUGCAAGGAAUAUAAAAACAUAAAACGUUACUCCUUACGGAAUGCAAAGGGGAGUUUUAACCUCACUAUUUCCAAUGCGGAGCCGUCAGAUUCUGCAGUGUAUUAUUGUGCUGCUGUGUUUCUUCAUGAGGUCACCUUUGGGAAUGGAACCUUUGUCAUAAUCACAGGUAAAGACUCCAACAGCAGGACUGUGGUACAGCAGCCUGUGUCUGACACAGUGCAGGCAGGAGACUCUGUGAACCUGCAGUGUACAAUAGAGACUGGGAGCUGUGCAGGAGAACACAGUGUUUACUGGUUCAGACAUGGAUCAGGAGAAUCCCUUCCAGGAGUCAUUUACAGCCACGGAAACAGGAGUGAUGAGUGUGAGAAGAGCCCUGAGGCUGGAUCUCCUACACAGAGCUGUGUCUACAGCCUCCCCAAGAGGAACCUCAGCCUCUCUGAUGCUGGGACUUACUACUGCGCUGUGGCCAUGUGUGGGGAGAUGCUGUUUGGGAACGGCACACAGCUGGAUAUAGAUGGCUAUCAGAAGCUGCUGGAUCCUCUUCACUCUGGCUUGCUGAUAGUUUUAUCUUGCAGCAUUAUUCUGAACGUUGCCCUCAUUUGUAUAAGAUGUAAAAUGACCUGUACACACUGCGCAGAUCAGAAAAACAGUGAUGCAUCGAAAGUGGAAUGGUCACAUAAGCAGAGCCAUGACGAGGACACACUGAAUUACGCUGCCCUGAACCUUAAGAACCCAAAACCCAGGAGACAGAAGAAAGACGGGAAUAAUGACACUCUGUAUUCUGACCUCCGCUACAGAGAUUAUGAAUAAAAAUGCUUCUCAUUCAUGUUAGUUAUACAGAGUGUUCAGGGUGUAGCUUUAAUAAGGUUCAGAAGGAGAGCAGGAGAGCCAGUGCUUCUGAGACUGGAUGACGGAAUUUUACGGAGCACCAGUGCUGAGUUUGGUGUCAGUGUGUUUGGGGUGCAUUUUUACUGGAAAUACAAGUGUUCAGGCCAGACUAGGAGCUGAGGGAGGGGGAGAGGGGAGCCACAGAGAUUAUUUCUUCAUGACAUGGCGGGAAUAAAUUAAUGUUGCGAAAAGGCUGAGUUGCUGCAAUCAGUUCUUUGAAGUCACACAUGCUUACUUGUCUCCCUUGUAUACCAUGGUGAAUGGUUUGGGACAAACACACAGGGACAGAUUGAUGAUAUUAAACAGACUAAAGAAAUUGAAUGAAAAUUAUAAGUGUUCUUAAAUUAAU